AUUACAGGGCCAUGAGCCGAGAGCGCCUUGCCUGCUUCUCUAUGCAAGGCAGGGAGAAAGUUUCAUGGCAUAAACCCUAAGGUGACGUUGGUGGUGGUCCAGCCUCCUCCGGGGAGAAGAAGAAGAAGCCCUCCUGAUUCUCUCUCGGGGAAACUUGCAAGAGGCAAGGCCGGAGAGGAUUCCGAGUUGGCUUGGGUGAGCAAAGCCUCCAGAGACUUUUGCCACCAUGGACUGGAAGACGUUGCAAGGCUUGCUGAGCGGCGUGAACAAGUAUUCCACGGCUUUUGGGCGCAUCUGGCUCUCGGUGGUCUUUGUCUUCCGGGUCCUGGUUUACGUAGUGGCGGCAGAACGCGUCUGGGGAGACGAGCAGAAGGACUUUGACUGCAACCACCGGCAACCUGGGUGCACCAACGUCUGCUACGACCACUACUUCCCCAUCUCCCACAUCCGCCUGUGGGCCUUGCAGCUGAUUUUCGUCACCUGCCCUUCAUUGCUGGUCAUCAUGCACGUGGCUUAUCGCGAGGACAGGGAACGCAAGAACCGAGAGAAGAACGGGGAGAACUGUCCCAAACUCUACAGCAACACGGGCAAGAAACACGGCGGCCUUUGGUGGACUUAUCUCCUCACCCUUUUCUUCAAACUGGGCAUCGAGAUCGUCUUCCUCUAUCUCCUGCAUCGGAUAUGGGACAGUUUUGACCUGCCACGCUUGGUCAAGUGUGACUUCCACCCGUGCCCAAACACAGUAGACUGUUACAUCGCUCGGCCGACAGAGAAGAAGAUCUUCACCUACUUCAUGGUUGGUGCCUCUGCCCUUUGCAUCGUCCUCACCGUGUGCGAGAUCUUCUAUCUCAUCUUCAAGCGAGUGGUCCGCUCGAUGCAGAAGCUGAAGAAGAAGAAGCGGUCGCUCACCUACAGCAAGGCCUCCACCUGCCCAUGCCAUUCAAGAUUGGAUCAUGAUGGGAAGUUGAAGAUCUCACCUGUGGAAGCCUUGAGAGCAUCUGCACCCAACCUGACUUUAAUCUGAAAGAAGGGGAGGGAGGGGAACUUCCAAAAUGGUUGGCUUCCAGUUGGAUUCUUUUUUAUGUACGUGGCAUUUUGAAACAUAAGAUGAGGUAGGAUGGCUCAAAACCAAGAUUGGGUUGUGGACAGAAGUGUCCAUGAGGAGAUGGACCACCAUAUUUGAAGGGAAACAUCACUAUGUUGAAGCCUGAAGGCAAAACUAUGGCCUUUCUUAUCUGUUUACAUGUUAUUAUGACUACACUCAGGAUGCAUGGUUCAGACAUUCCGGCACAAGAUGUGGGUUUGCCCAUCACUGGAGAACAUUGCAACCCUUCAAACCUUAACGUUUAUGCCUAUCUCAGAAUAUUUGAUUAAUUUAGGUAACCAGCUGAACGAGUCAUAUCUACACAACAUACUUUAUGGUCAUUAGGAGAUCCAUAGCAGCCAAUGGACUUUAGCUUUUGUUUAUUCAUUCUUCUAAUCAUACAGUUGCUUGCGGAGAGUUGCAGAGUUACUUUGGGACAAGAGGAGUUGUAAUUAAGGACAUUCCUUAUUGACUCAUGAAGUCUUUCCAGACCGAAGUUGUCUUGCAGACCAAGAGUUUCCUCAAAAGGACCAUGUUUCUGUGGUCUCCAAACUAAGCCACUUGGAUCAAAUAGAGACACUGCUCUUUUUUGUCAUCCAGAUGUUUGCAUAAGAAGUUCUCAAUGAAUCUGGACAUGCAGUAUGAACUUCCAUAGCCAUGGGAUGUGUAACCGUGGUUUUACCUACCCACAUCGAACAAAACAACCUCUCACUAGAAAUGUUCUAAAUCCUCCAGAAGAUUCUAUGGCAUGGUUCCGUCAGAAGUUAACAUAGAGUUGCAAUGGAGAACCUUGCAUAUCUAGUUGGGAAUGUUCUAGGUUCUCCAGGGCAACUCUAGGAUAACAUCCAGUAGAAAUCAUUCAUUUCAGUAGGGUCCACCAUGGUUUCCUCUUUCCAUGGUGCUGUAGAUACAAGGGUCAUUCUGAGAUUUGAGAGGAGUCAAGGGUUUCUAUAUGCAAAAUGUCUUGUGGAGGAGGGAUCUAGGAUCAUUUAUAGUUCAUAUCAAGGGGAAGAGCCUUUAUGUCUCUCUCUUGGACCCUACUCUAGAGUAAGUGCCUUUUAUGCUGAAUUGUCUACACACUUUCCAUACACCAGAUGAAAUAUCUCCAAAAGAAGGAUUCUGUUCCACAAAACCAAACUAGAUUAUCCUGCUAUUCUUCUCUGGUACAAGUUUUGAUGUGGUCUUCUCACCCUUCCUGUCACAGAAAAGGCAUUCUAGUGAGGUGGCCUUUGGUUCUUCUGCUGAAUCCUAUCAUGAGAUUUGAAAUGAAUUUGAAAUGUUCCUCAAUAGAGGACUCUAUGAUGGAAUUUCAUAGGAAGACAAGAUCCUAUGAUCUUGGGGCACCAACAUCCUUUGGGAACAACUGGAUUUAUGUGGAUUUCUAAAGAAGGCUCUAGAUCUGCUCCACAGGCAAAACCUUUGCAGGGUCUUGAAGGAAGCAAUGAGAUGCUGAGAAGUUCUCAAAAACUUCUCAAGUCAAUGGCACAUAACUUUAGUAAGAAUUCCAUGAAAAAAACUAGGCCAUCUACAAAUUGUGAGAUUUAUGGUUUUGUAAGGCACCAACACUCUUUUGCAAAGUUAAAGUGCUGUCAAACAGCAUUAUAUCGAGAGUGUAGAUGCCUCCUGAGUCAUACCAAUGAUCUAUCUAGCUCAGUUCUUCCUUGUCCAGCUUUCUCUAGAAACAUAUGUAUGAACUAUUUCCAUCUUCUCUUGCCAACUUGGCCAAGAUGAGUUUGUUACAGUGCCAACAUAGAAGGAGAAUUGGACUGGCAUUAAUAUUGACCAUCGUCUCCAUAGCAGCAUUACAUUGCCAUCCAAACAUUUCCAAUGUAACUUGAUAGCUAGCAAAUGCAACAAACUGCUCAGGGAGUUCUUUCUAGCGUCGUGGUGACCAGUCGGAUUUUUGUAUAGUUAUUAUUUUCAAGAAUAUGGAGACUGGGAUGAAAAGGAAGUUGCUAAAGGAGGAGAUGGGAAAAAACAAAUGAUAUGUCAAUCCACCAAAUAACUACAACUCUGAACAUGCUAGUUAAAUGAGACCUAUCCUCCACCAUAGGCUUUGUAUCCUCUUUUUAUGGGCUGUCAUAUUUUUAUGACUUCAAGGUUUGUUGGUAAACCUGUUGCUAUCUCAAAUAGAGUUAAGCUGCAACUCCCAACAACCUAGUACUGAGGGAUGAUGGGACUUGCAACCCAAUACAGAAAGCAAAAAAGAGCCUCUUUUGGUAAAGUUCAGAAGCAAUUUCCUAGAAGAGAAAAUCCCUGGGUUUUCUGAGACUAUUCUUUUUGAUCUUCCUCUUACAAAAAUAAGCAGAUCCAUUUUGCAAAAUAGUCUUUUGCAUAUUCACAUGGAGAGACCAUGGGUUGCACGAUCUCAACCCUUGUCUCAAAGACUAAAUGUCCUGCCAUUCCACCGUCUCAGUGAUCUUGGAUAAAAGAUCACCUGAAACGCCUUUGUCUAUGAGUUUCUUACUCUUUUUUUGUUUGGAAAGGGUUUAUUGGCAACCAAACACAAAGGACAUGUUGACAAAUGACUACAAAGAAGAGGAAUUGGCUUGAAAGAAGGACGGGAGUUCUCAAUGUAGGGGUAAAAAUAGCAAGCACGAACCUGAAAAGAGGAGUUUGGCAAACAGGUAAUAUAAAAAGCAAUUGGGAAAGGGAUAAAAGCUCAAGGGAAAAAAUAAGCAAGACCAAGCCUUUCCACAAUCAGAGGUCAGGAAUGUUAAGGGCAAUUUUUUUUCAAACUUAGGACUCACUGAGAUAUUUUAUUAAAAAAGGAUGAUGCCUAAUAUCUGGCACAACUUUCAGGUUUCUCUCUUCCCUGAAAACCUUAAUCCUUAAGGAAGUUGGAAAGUAUUUUCCCAGUGGUAGCGUAACUUCUGACAUUUCACAUAUGAAAACGGAAUUUUAUUCCCAAGCAAUAUCAGGAUGUGAUUAAGUUGGAAAAAAAUACACAAGCGAGGAAAGGCUGCAGCAAUUUGCUUUUGCUUGAGCCUACUGGGAAAAUCAAGAGUCAGCCCCUCCUUAAUAAUACAGUAGAGUCUCACUUAUCCAACAUAAAUGGGCCGGCAAAACGUUGGAUAAGUAAAAAUGUUGGAUAAUAAGAAGGGAUUAAGGAAAAGACUAUUAAACAUCAAAUGACAUUGUGAUUUUACAAAUUAAGCACCAAAACAUAAUGUUUUACAAUGAAUCGACAGAAAAAGCAGUUCAAUACACGGUAACAUACUGUAGUAGUAGUAAUAAUAAUAAUAAUAAUAAUAAUAAUAAUAAUAAUAAUAAUAAUAAUAAUAAUAAUUUUAUUCUUAUACCCCGCCCCAUCUCCCUGAAGGGACUCGGGGCGGCUUACAUGGGGCCAAGCUCGAACAGAACCAUAUAAAAACAAAACAAUAAAACCAAUCAAUCAGACAAUAAAAGCAAGUCAUUAAAAAACCACAUACAAGAUAAAGUGUUAAAAUCAUGGAUUACUGUAUUUACGAAUUUAGCACCAAAAUAUCGCAAUGUUUUGAAAACAUUGACCACAAAAACAUUGACCACAAAAACGGCAACUGAGUUGGAUAAUACAGAACGUUGGAUAAGUGGAAGUUGGAUAAGUGAGACUCUACUGUAAUAAUAAUAAUAAUAAUAAUAAUAAUAAUAAUAAUAAUAAUAAUAAUAAUAAUAAUAAUAAUCUGCAAAAGGCCACCCUACUGGGAUCUGUGCCCAUCAUUCGAAAAUACAUCUCACAGUCCUACACACUUGGGAAGUGUUCGACUUGUGAUUUUGUGAAACAAAAUCCAGCAUAUCUAUCUUGUUUGCUGUGUCAUACAGUAAUAAUAAUAAUAAUAAUAAUAAUAAUAAUAAUAAUAACAACAACAACAACAACAACUUUAUUUAUACCCCCUCCACCUUCCGAAGGACUCGGGGCAGCUUAUACUCAGACAAGCCCAAAACAGUAAACAUCAGUAAAAACAGUAACACAAUAAAAUCACAAUAUAAUAAUACAUUUUCCUAUCCUCUUUGCUGCAAACUACUUCUGCAGGUUGAAAUCAGUUUGCAGCAAUUGAAGUAAAAUAAAGACAAAUGGAAAAGUGUGACGGAAGGAGGGAGAUAAUAAACCAGGACAUUUAAGAACUUGAAAAGUGGGACGGCAGAGAAGUAAUCAGGAUUGUUCUUUUUUUUGUGUCAGGAGCAACCGGAGUUGCUUCUGGAGUGAGAGAAUUGGCCAUCUGCAAGGACGUUGCUGGGUGUUUUGCCAAAUAUGGACUGCUGGAAAGUAUGAACAGGGUGAUCUUGCAGCAGCUAGAAUACUUUAUUUCAGGAAAGGGUUGGUACAAGUGAAAUGGAUAAACAAUUAGGAAUGAGAAGGAAAAUAUGAAUAAUGGUGAAUGUAGGUGCAUCAAAGUCCAUCUUCAACAAGGAGGAGAGUUUCCAAGGAAGAAACCAUGGAGUCCAAUAGCGCAAGGCCUCCUUCCUCCGCCUCUGACUUCCUGCCUUGGAGGAAAUUGUGAUUUCACGGCAACCACAGCGCAGAUGGACUUUCAGGGCAUCGGGCCAAGUCCUGCUGUUCCUGGACCAGGUGCCGGCUGCCGUAUCCCUGUGGCAUCGGCCAAUUUGGCCGAAACAUUUGCGAGACUCCUCUGUACUCCUCGCAAGACCUAUCUGCUCCUUAGUUGCUGAACAAAUAUUAUGUUUGCCUAGCGAACCAUGUAAUGCGAAAGGUCAAAUAAAAUGUUACUUUGUUUAUA